UGUGGUUCAUUUAUACGAUGGAGUUUUACUCAGUGGUAAAGAAAGACGAAAUCAUGAAAUUUGCAGUGUUGUUAGUAACAGUACUUGUAGUAGAAGGGAUUGCUGUGGCUCAGAAGACCCAAGAUGGACAAAAUAUUGGAAUUAAACACAUUCCUGCAACCCAGUGUGGCAUUUGGGUUCGGACCAGCAAUGGAGGUCAUUUUGCUUCACCAAAUUAUCCUGACUCAUAUCCACCAAAUAAGGAGUGUAUCUAUAUUUUAGAAGCUGCUCCACGACAAAGAAUAGAGCUGACCUUUGAUGAACGUUACUAUAUAGAACCAUCAUUUGAAUGUCGGUUUGAUCACUUGGAAGUUCGAGAUGGGCCAUUUGGUUUCUCUCCUCUUAUAGAUCGUUACUGUGGCAUGAAAAGCCCUCCGUUAAUUAGGUCAACAGGAAGAUUCAUGUGGAUUAAAUUUAGUUCUGAUGAAGAACUUGAAGGACUGGGAUUUCGAGCAAAAUACUCAUUUAUUCCAGAUCCAGACUUUACUUACCUUGGAGGUAUUUUAAAUCCCAUUCCAGAUUGCCAGUUUGAGCUUUCUGGAGCAGAUGGAAUAGUACGUUCUAGUCAGGUAGAACAAGAAGAAAAAACAAAGCCUGGCCAAGCAGUUGAUUGCAUAUGGACAAUUAAAGCCACUCCAAAAGCUAAGAUUUAUUUGAGGUUCUUAGACUACCAAAUGGAGCACUCAAAUGAAUGCAAACGAAACUUUGUUGCUGUGUAUGAUGGAAGCAGCGCUAUUGAAAACCUAAAGGCCAAGUUCUGCAGCACUGUGGCCAAUGAUGUAAUGCUUAAAACAGGAGUUGGAGUAAUCCGGAUGUGGGCAGAUGAAGGGAGUCGGCUUAGCAGGUUUAGAAUGCUCUUCACUUCCUUUGUGGAGCCUCCCUGUACAAGCAGCACGUUCUUUUGCCAUAGCAACAUGUGCAUCAAUAAUUCUCUAGUCUGUAAUGGUGUUCAAAACUGUGCAUACCCUUGGGAUGAGAAUCACUGUAAAGAAAAGAAAAAGGCUGGGCUAUUUGAACAAAUCACUAAAACUCAUGGAACAAUUAUUGGCAUUACAUCAGGGAUUGUCUUGGUUCUUCUCAUUAUUUCUAUUUUAGUACAAGUGAAACAGCCCCGAAAAAAAGUUAUGGCUUGCAAAACAGCUUUUAAUAAAACUGGGUUCCAAGAAGCAUUUGAUCCUCCUCAUUAUGAACUGUUUUCACUAAGGGAGAAAGAGAUUUCCGCAGACCUGGCAGACUUGUCAGAGGAACUAGACAACUACCAGAAGAUGCGGCGUUCCUCCACAGCCUCCCGGUGCAUUCAUGACCACCACUGUGGAUCUCAAGCAUCCAGUGUCAAACAAAGCAGGACCAACCUCAGUUCCAUGGAACUUCCUUUCCGAAAUGAUUUUGCACAACCACAGCCAAUGAAAACAUUUAAUAGCACCUUUAAAAAAAGCAGCUACACUUUCAAACAAGCGCAUGAGUGCCCUGAACAGCAGGCUCUGGAAGACAGGGUGAUGGAGGAAAUUCCCUGUGAAAUUUAUGUCAGAGGUCGAGACGAUUCUGCACAAGCAUCCAUAUCCAUCGACUUUUAAUGUUCUUUUAAAAGAAUCAUUAAGUAAUUGUAUGCAGCCUACAUAGCACUCAUUUUGUGUCAGCAGCCAAUUGUGUUCUGUCAAAACUAGAAAGACCUUCAUAACCUAUCAUAAUGGUGAUGUUUUAUUAUCUCAGGCAAUCUUUAUAUGUUAAACCAACCAAGGAACUUAGAUGUAUUCAGUGGAAAAAACGUCAUCAUCUGUUGCUUGGUAUCUUGUCCACAAAGUACUGCCAGUUGAGUAGUAGCUGAAGGAGUGGUUGCGCUCAGCCAGGCUCAGCUGCCUAGUGGCAUUAACAACGGGAUGCUCUUCUUGUUGGUACAACCACAUCAGUCUUUGAUCCCACAGUAACCUUAAAGGCUUUUUCUUUACAUUCCAUUGUCUUUCUUUUUUUCUGAAUUUGUUUUGUUUGCCUGUAGUUUUAGCGUUUCAGUUUCUACAUAAGUAGAUAAUGUAUCACUUAAUUCAGUAUAGACAUUUAUUUGUUCUUCAGUGUGUUAAAAUAUAGCUAAUACCUAACAAGCGCCAGUUAAGACUCAGCGCUCUGUUUCAUUCCUUCCUCACAACGUUCUGUACUGUUGCCUUUAAUUACUCGAUCUUUAGUCCUUAUUUUCUGUAGGAAGUAGAUGACAUGAAUUAUCACUCAUAAAUCAUAUUUUGUCUUAGUUAUACUAGAAAAUGUCAUAAUCCUGGGAUAUAUUACUGGUCAUUAGUUAUGACUGGAAAGUUGAGAAAGAUCAAAAAGCUUGUAGAACCUUUGAAGUGAUGGCCAUUCAAACCAGUAAUCUGGGUCAUUGGACCCCUUGUGGGUAGGCCUAUAACUAUGAUGACUAGCAGUGGUUCUCAUCAGUCUUUAUCCUUAUUAUUUUUUCAAAAAGAUUUCUUUGUUCCCUUUGUAUUGGUUUGUCUUUUGGCACAUGGUAACACAGUUGGUGUGAGUUGAAAGAAAUUCCUGAGAAACUGCAAGCCUUUAGAUAGCAUCUGCUUGGAACAGUGCAUUUUUCUAGCUAUUAUCAAGAAUAACAAUUUCAACUUUUUUUUAAACUGCACUUUUGACCUUAUGUUUUUUAAGGUAUAUAAAACAAUAAUUCAUAAACAUGAUAUCAAAUUCAUUGUUUUUUAGACUUUUGAUAUUAUUUGAUACUGUAUAAAUUUUAUUAAAUCAAGAUUUAAGCCCUACAAGACAGAUUUGAGUGUUCACAUUAGUGUCUUUGUAUAUAAAUGAGCUAUGAUGAGACUGCACACUAUAAUUUAUUAUGAAGACCUUGGUAAUGGUAAUGUGUACAUAAGCUUUUUCUUUCCUUUGUUACUGUAUUUAGUUUGUGAUAAAAAUUUUCACUAUAUGGUAUUUAUUACUCUACAUCACUUAAGAAAUCUUAUAUUAAAGUAUACAUUGUUACAUGAUCCUACAACUAUAUUAUUUAUACCAGGAAGACUGAAUAAGGUAUAUAUGGGAAGAAAUCCCAUAUUUAAGGACGUCUAAAUAUAAAUACACCGUUUAAGGACACCUAGAUGUAGAUACACCAUUUAAAAGAGGUGCAUUCCCAUUUUCUAUAUUGUCCUAAAUUCUAAAUGAAACGAGAAGUACAAGUUUCACUAGAUCUCAUUAAUUCUUUUAAAUACUACAUAGAUACGAUCUCUCAGAUUAGUGAAAACUGACCUUAAAUGUGAUACACUUACUGCCUCAAAGUGUGUUCUCUGUAUGACAUUUUUAUUCUUUUAAAGAUUACAUCCAGAAGAUAGGAAAAGCUAUACAUAGUGUAACCAAAAACAUUUGUUUGAAUACCAGAAAUUCCCGUUUUUAAAAGUAGAACUUGGAAAAGCACAAAAAAAACCUGUUAAGUAUGGGGUUCAGUGAGCUAACCAGGGAAAGAUUAGAUAAUCAAGUUCUUUCAGUAACUAAAUUAAAUAGGCAUUUUAUUAAGUAACGGCCAGCCAACAUUUCAACAACAUAAUACUUAACAUGACAACUUUGAUCUCAUGAGGAAAUUAGCAUAUUUCCUAUAUAAAAUUACAUCCAUUCUAAGAAUGGGUGUUACACCCAUCUUUAACUUAUUUUUUAGAAAAUAUAGUAUGCUUUCCUAGAUUACUGAUAGUCACUUGUAAGUAUAUAUUUUUUUUAUUUUAAAGCUUGUAUCUCAUUUUAAGGGGACUUAAAGAGACUUGCAAAGCACAAGCUUUUAUAGAAAAUAUUGGGUGUUAAAACAGUGCAGAAACACGUGAUCUCAAGCAACUCAAGUGAAGCUUGGACAGUCAUUGGAUUCUAAAUUUUCUGGCGGCUAAAAUGAAAGCUACUUUUCACAGUAGAAAACACAUAAGCAGAGACUAAAGUGGACACCAUACAUUUUAGUAAUGAAGGACAUAAAAUUUAGCCAUUAUACAAUUUUUAUACCCUACAGUAUGAAACAUGCCUUCUGACAGAAAAUGCAAAUCUGGGGGUGGUAAAUAUCAAGAAAACAUUCUCCAUCUAUAUGAUAUUACCAUUGUUAUAUCCAUCCCAAGCUUAACACAAGCUGUCAGCCCCCAAGUGGCCACAGAUUUCAGCCUGCUCAUCCUGCCACCUCAAAGACAGGAAUCAUGAUGUUCCUUUUGGGGAGGAAGGAUGGGCAACAUAAAUAGAGAACAAAAACCAAAGGAUAUUCACAUUUCAUAUCAGAGAGUUAAGAGACUAACUUUGACUUACAGCACCUAUUUCAGUAUCUCUGUCAUAGUUCAUGUAAUUGUUAAGCAUUAAAAUAACCUGUGUAUUUUUAUAGUUCUUGUUACUGCCUGAUGAGAAUACUUUGUUCCAGGAGUGUGUUAACUGAUGAGAGAGGAUGGGAAAAGCCUGGUUGUAGUUCCAGGAAUAAUUGUUAGACGACGCUCUCGUUUGGUGUGUGUUCCACUGUGUGUGUUCCUUGCAAGUACUAAAAGCAGUGUGCCUGGAUCAUACUGAUUGGGAGCACAAGGAACUUUUCGGUUUUGCCAAGAAAGAUUGCUCUAGUCUAGCUUUGUUAAUGAGAAGACUACACUCCAAAAGGUGGAGCAACUCCCCGCGACACUUCUAACCGUGCCCUUCCUUGCUUCUUGCUCUCCCUGCUUCGCUUUUAGAAGUCACACAGUCCUAAAAACCAACCCACAUGUUCCAUGCAAAACUUGUUACUUAUUCCUAUCUAAAAUGUAAUUCUGUGACUUUUUAAACACUUGGUUCCCCUCUUGCCCCUUUUUUAAAAUUUAUGGAACACUGUUCUACAGUUUUUGUUACCAAUCUUCCUCGGCACCUGCAGAGUCUGUACUUAACUGUGAAUUCUUCAUAAACAUUGUUGGUUAGCAGUACACAGGGCUGAUACCACAGAGAAAGCUUCAGUGCAUUUGCUUUUGUGAUCUCUUAAAAGCUAAAGGAAACAAUGUACACUAUAGAAAUUAAACAUUUGUGUGUUAUAUCUUGAGUUUUGAGAAUGAUUUGAGUCUGAGCUACUUAUAAGAAACAGGUUGACCUGGGAUUUUAUUUUUAGCUUCCUGCACUGUUUCCUGUUUUGUAUGCCUCUACUAGUAAUUUGCUCUCCUUUAUUCAGUUUUUAAUGUACUUUUGAUUAUAUUUCUGAGAUUGGUUUAAUGGCUUAAACUCACAAAGCUAAUGACUAGGGUGCAUGUUUAGUGGGUACUACCUAUACAUUUUUUAAGCAGUAGAUUUUUAUUAGAGACGAACUUCCAAAUAAUGUAAGAAUUCUUAUAUGGUUAAUCCAGAUUUAGCACUUUAAAGAAUUUAGCCCUUGAACUGGAAAUAAAAACUCCUGUUUUGA